AUGGAUUCUAAUGUAUCAAUAUAUACAACUUCUUUGACAAUGGAAUCACUGGAAUUACCUCCAUCUAAUAUUUUUCCAGCAUUCAUAUUUGGAACUCUCACAUAUUGCGCCAUUUUAGUUUUCAAUAUGACUGUAUGGCUCACAAUUGCUGUGAAUUGGAAACUUCAUAAGCCUAUGUAUGUUCUCUUGUCUAACUUGCCACUUAAUGAUAUGAUGGGUGCCACAGCCUUUUUCCCUCAGUUAAUAGCUAGUAUACUGUCACAGAAUAGAUCCAUCACUUACUCUGCUUGUUUUGUGCAAGCCUUACUGAUACAUCUGUACGGAUCUGGCUCAUUCCUCAUUCUAAGUGCUAUGGCUUAUGACAGAUACAUUGCCAUUUGCUGUCCAUUGAAAUAUAACACUUUUAUGUCUCCAAACAACUUGGUGAAAAUAAUUGUUAUCAUAUGGACUUUAGAUUUUACUCUGGUUGGUUUAGUAUUUGCACUGAUCUCCCACAAAGAGAUUUGUAGCACAAAAAUAGUGGACAUUUUCUGCAAUAAUCCAUCUUUGAUGAAGCUGGUAUGUGGAGAUACAAAGGUAAAUAACUACUAUGGACUGUUUACAAUAGUUUUUGUCCAAGGUCUGUCUCUGCUGAUAGUGGUAUUCACAUACAUCCAAAUCUUAAUCACAGUUGUGGUAAAAAGACAAUCUGAUGCCAAAAGUAAAGCGAUUCAGACCUGUGGUACACACUUAAUUGUUUUCUUGUUUUUGGAGUUCAACACACUUUUUACUUUGAUAGCUCAUAGAAUUGAAACAGCAUCCCCAAAUAUGCGAAGGGCCUUAGGUGUUUCUGUGUUGAUAUUUCCUCCUAUAAUUAACCCUCUAAUAUAUGGCCUGAAAAUAAAGGAAAUUCGACAGAGUGUUAUUUUCUUUUUCUGUAAGAAAUCUUUCCCAAUUGUAUAA